AUGGCCCUGGGCCUGCUGCUGGCCUCGGCCGCCCUGCUCGGGGCCCUGCUGGGCGGCGGCUGCCGCGGUGAGUGCCCCUCCUUCCCCGGGCAGCGGCCCCCUUUCUGCUUCCUGCUGCUGCUGCUGCGCCCCUCGCUUUGCGCCCUGCUGCAAGAGGACCUCGGCCCCUCGUGGAGCUCUCCUCGCCCCGGCUGGGGCGCAGCAGCAGCGACACCCGGAGGCCGCCUGAUCCACGGCUCGGCCAGCCAGCCCCUUCCUUGGGUCCGGAGCUGGGCAGUCGGAGGAAGAGGCCAGGCCCGGAACGGAUCCCGGAGGGGGCCCUCUGCUCUUGCAGCCGCCGGGGGUGCAAAACUCCUCUGGGUGGGGGUGGGGGUCGGAAUGGGGGAGGCUGAUAAUUCUGACAUCUUUUUCACAGCAGGAUCCCUGCACACAAAAGACUCUGACUACGAUAUUGUCCAUCCUGUCAAGGUGAACGAGAGGGGAGUCUUUCUCUCCUACAACCUAUCCCACCGUUUCCUCUACAAAAGGGCCAUUUCCUCUCAGAACUCCUUGCGGUCCUUCUACAAGCUGCACCACCGGGGACAUCAGCUGAGCUUCGACUUGCACCUGAACAGCCACCUUCUGGCUCCGGGCUUUGUUAGUGAGAGGCGAUAUGGAGGAAUCGCUCGUGCCAAGAUCCGGGCUGACGGGCAGAACCCUUGCCACAUGAUUGGGUCGGUUCAGAACGAGGAAUGGGGAAGUGGACUGGCUGCGCUCAGCACCUGCGAUGGGCUGAAAGGUGUCUUCCAGCUGGCUAACCAAGAUUUCUUUAUUGAGCCGCUGCCUGCUAGCCAGCCGCGGGAGAAUGCUGCCCAGCUGCACAGGAUCUAUCGACGCAGCAUUUCCGAAUAUGAGGCAGAAGAACUCAUUGCUGUAGCAAACACCAAGCCCGCAGAUGUCAGGAUGUGUGGAGUGCAAGAAAGCCUUAAGAAGUCUGAGAAGCGGAGAGAGAGGUGGGAACAGAAGCAGCAGAGGAAGCGACAGAUUAAGCAGCGCUCCAUCAGCAAGGAGAAGUGGGUGGAGACCUUGGUGGUUGCCGACACCAAGAUGGUGGAGUACCACGGGAGUGAGAAUGUGGAGAAGUAUGUCCUGACUGUCAUGAACAUGGUGGCAGGUUUAUUCCAUGACGCCAGCAUUGGUAACCCCAUCCACAUUUCCAUUGUGCGCCUCAUCUUUCUAGAAGAGGAGGAGGAGGACCUGAAAAUCACCCACCACGCAGACAACACCCUGCGGAGUUUUUGUAAGUGGCAGAAAGCCAUCAACGUGAAAGGGGACACUCACCCGCUACACCAUGAUGUUGCUGUCCUACUCACAAGGAAAGACAUCUGUGCUGCCAUGAACCGUCCGUGCGAGACGCUGGGCCUGUCUCACGUCUCGGGCAUGUGCCAGCCCCACAGAAGCUGCAACAUCAACGAGGACACGGGGCUUCCUCUGGCAUUCACCGUGGCCCAUGAGCUUGGACACAGUUUUGGGAUUCAGCAUGACGGAAGCGGCAAUGACUGUGAGCCAGUUGGGAAAAGACCUUUCAUCAUGUCUCCACAGCUCCUGUACGACACUUCGCCACUCACAUGGUCCCGCUGCAGCAGGGAGUACGUCACCCGCUUUUUGGAUCGCGGUUGGGGGCUCUGCCUGGAUGACCCCCCUGCCAAAGACGCGAUAGACUACCCCUCGCUCCCGCCGGGAGUCCUCUACGAUGUCAGCCACCAGUGCCGGCUUCAGUAUGGACCCUAUUCCACCUUCUGCGACGACAUGGAUAGUGUCUGCAGCACACUGUGGUGCUCUGUGGGGAACACGUGUCACUCCAAGCUGGAUGCAGCUGUUGAUGGAACCAAAUGCGACGAGAAGAAGUGGUGCUUCAAUGGGGAGUGCGUGCAUAUGGGGUACCGGCCAGAAUCCAUCAAUGGUGGCUGGAGUGCGUGGAGCUCCUGGGCAGCCUGCUCACGGACCUGUGGUGCUGGACUGCAGAACGCGGAGCGGCAAUGCAACAAGCCCACGCCAAAAUACGGUGGCAAAUAUUGCGUUGGGGAACGAAAACGCUUCCGGGUUUGCAGCAUGAAGACCUGCCCCGUGAACCAGCUGUCUUUCCGCCACAUCCAGUGCAGCCACUUUGAUUCCCGACCCUACAAAGGAAAACUGUACAAGUGGACCCCAGUUCCUAAUAACAUUAAUCCCUGUGAACUGCACUGUCGUCCAGAGAAUGAGUUCUUCUCAGAGAAGCUCCGUGAUGCAGUUGUUGACGGGACUCCUUGCUUUGAAGGGAACUCCAGCCGGGACAUGUGUAUCAACGGGAUCUGUAAAAACAUCGGCUGUGACUUUGAAAUCGACUCCUACGCAGUGGAGGACCGGUGUGGCGUCUGCCAAGGGGAUGGGUCCACUUGUCAAACUGUUAAGAAGACCUUUGAGAAGAGCGAGGGGCGGGGUUAUGUCGAUGUUGGGUUGAUCCCAGCUGGAGCACGAGAGAUCCAGAUUGAGGAAGUGGCUGAGGCUGAGAACUUCCUGGCUUUGAGAAGCGAAGAUCCAAAGAAAUACUUCCUGAAUGGUGACUGGACCAUCCAGUGGAAUGGGGAUUACCCGGUGGCUGGGACAACCUUCACCUAUGAGCGAACAGGAAACUGGGAGAAUCUCACCUCUCCUGGCCCCACAGAGGAGCCUGUGUGGAUUCAGCUCUUAUUCCAGGAAAAGAAUCCAGGCGUCCGCUACCAAUACACGAUACAGAGAGAGUCUGAUAGUGAGAAUGAGAUUACACCAGCCGAGUUCUUCUGGCAGUACAGGCCCUGGACGAAAUGCACAGCCACCUGUGGAACAGGUGUUCAGCGGCAGAUCGUGCGCUGCGUGGAGAAGGUGGCCGGGGUGGUGGAAGAGCAGUUCUGUGACAUGCUGAGCCGGCCUGAUGACAAACAGAGGAGCUGCAGCGAGGAGCCGUGCCCAUCCAGGUGGUGGGUAGGAGAGUGGCAGGCGUGUUCGGCCACAUGUGGCGAUUCUGGGUUGAUGAAGAGGAGCGUCCUCUGCCUUCAGAGCGUGGCCCCAGAUGAGCAGCGGGCUCUGCAGCCCACCGAAUGCCGGCACCUUUCCAAGCCGGAUGCCACAGCCCCCUGCAACCGAGAGGUCUCCUGCCCGGCUCGGUGGAUCGUGGGCAACUGGUCUGAGUGCUCAGCAACAUGUGGGAAUGGAACGCAGUGGCGCCCAAUUUAUUGCCCCAGUGAUUCCAGAGCCAGCUGUGAUCUCGCCCAAAGGCCGAUGUCUAGAAUGGCCUGUUCCUUGCCGCCAUGCCAGAAGAAGACAGAAAGCGGCCUCCUUGACUGGUCUGGCAGCGGCUCUUCAAGCCGGGAACUAUUCAAUGAAAUCCACUUCCUUCCCAACGACCGCAUCCCAAAAUACAUUCCUUUGGGACCCGACUCUGAAGACUUCAAUGUCAUAACGGAGAAAGAUUUUUCCUCAAACAGCAACAAAAAGGGAAAUAAUGUGUUUGUAGAUGAUUUUUACUACGAUUAUAAUUUUAUCAACUUCCACGAAGAUCUGUCUUACGAUGUGGUCGAUGAAAAGGACAGGAAGAGAGAGGACUCCAAGCCUAAUGUUGGAACUGAAACCAUCGGCAACGGGAAGGAUUCUAAAGAAUCACAGCCCAGAUUUCUCCCUACCUUAAAAACAGAGAGCAGAAGCACAGCGCUUCCUACCGUUGGGCAAAGUGUUGAAGAUGAUAAAGUUCAAGACAGGAACACUAUUGCUGAUUUGCACAAUGCUUCUGUUAACACCACGGCCACCUCCUUCACACUCAAGAGCGAGGGCAUCCAGACUACUUUUUUGGAAGACAGACUCUCCACUUCAGCAACGGGGAGACGGUCUCCUUUUCCCAGCAGUGGCCCUGUGCCUCUGCAUGACACCCCAGAAGACUCUUUUACACCUGCAGUUUUGAAAGAAGACAUGGCAGACACAGUCUCUCCCACCAGCUUGCCUUACUUGGACUUCCUGACUUCUGUGUCCCCUUUUGGCAAGAGCAGCGGCAUUGGGGGAAAUCCUGCUAGACUUCCUGAGAGUACGCAAGGUCCUGGCAGGAGCGCAGAGGUUCUUGAUCAUGGCAGUAAUCCAGACGGUGGUUUGUUGGAUGCUGCAAAGGAAGGGCACCGAGAACGAAACAACACAGGUGGGGCCAUUGCUUGGAGCGACCAUGGCACCAGGCCUGCGUCUGGAACGAAAGCUGCCCCGAUGAGCACAGUCACGAUGCCAGCUGCAAGGAUGCGUGGGCCUUCCCCUCUCUUCCCUCGCCGGUUCUUUCAGUCUGCAGAAACCACCACAAGCCUUUCCAUUACUCAAGGAACGAGAGAGAACCUCGACGACGUUACAAGCUCACACAGUUCAGAAAACGACCAGACGGGUCCGCAGCUCCACCAGCGCUAUCCCAGUGGUGUCACGUCCAGUGAUGGGAGUCCAGCCACAACCACUUCUGUGUACCAGGAGACCUCAGCUGGACAUGGGGAAAAGGUGCUUGGAUCUUCCACACCAAGCGCAUUAGAUCUUCAGUUGUUUUCGGAGCCAAGUGUUUUGGAGCAGGAGGUCACCUCCCCCAGCCAUUUCCCUUCCGUGCUGCCUAGGCCAAGACAGGAGAAAUCCAAUGAAAUAGAGGCAGAAUUGGACAACAAGUUCAUCUCUUCCCACAAGGACCAAGAACUCGACAGAAACAGCAGCGCAGUGCUGGGCAAAAACUCACCCGAUGGAGUUCAGUGGACAUUUAGUAGUAGCAGCAGCAGUGGGCCCAGCCUCAAAGCUGAGGGGCAGGAAAUGGAAAGGGAAGAAGCCUCCUCUUUGGUGCCUUCUGCUACCACCACACCCAUCUUUAAGGCCCGCUGGGAAGCCGGAAGCUGGAGUGAGUGCUCCACCACCUGUGGCCUGGGUGCCAUUUGGAGGACAGUGCGGUGCAGCUCUGGUGAGGAGGAAGACUGCAGCGCCACCAGGAAGCCCAUCCCUGCCCGCAGGUGUUACUUGAGACCAUGUUCUUCCUGGCAUGUUGGAAACUGGAGCAAGUGCUCCAAGAGCUGUGGAAGCGGUGUGAAGGUUCGGGACAUCAGCUGCAUUGACACACGAGACCUGCGGCCUCUGCGUCCAUUUCACUGCCAGGCCGUCCUCUAUAAGCCACUAGCCAGGAUGCCCUGCCAAACCCAAGACUGCCUGGACUGGUACACCUCAUCCUGGAGGGAGUGUUCUGAGCUGUGUGGAGGAGGGGAACAAGAGCGCCUGGUGACCUGCCCGGAGCCUGGAAGGUGCGACGAAGCCGUCCGGCCCAACAACACAAGGCUCUGCAAUGUCCACCCCUGCACCAAGUGGACGGUGGGAUCCUGGGGGCAGUGCACGGCCACGUGUGGCGGAGGCGUUCAGAGGAGGCAAGUGAAGUGUGUGAACGUGAAGACUGGGGAGGCAGAAGAGGACAGCAGCCGGUGUGAUCACGAGCAGCGCCCCGAGAAGACCCAGAAGUGCAGUCUCCAAAAUUGCCCCCACAGUGAGCCAGGCUUCGUCUGUGAGCGGGACCGUCUCUCCUUCAGCUUCUGCCAGACGCUGCUCUUCCUGGGGAGGUGCCACCUGCCCACAGUCAAUACGCAGUGCUGUAAGACUUGCCACCAACACGGCCACAGCCCCCGGGACCGUGGGAACGAGCGUGCCUCUCGGAGGUGAAGACUUCCCUUCCAGCAACUCUGCAGUGAAGACCAGGAGGGUCUGAGGUGUUCUACAAAGCAGGUCCCUCCCUUCCUUCCAGCAGGGGUGGGCAGAGUCUGUCUGCUCACCACGGCCCCUCUCUCCGGUUGGGGUCUUGCCUGGUGCUGUGGUUAAUAAGUUCCCCAGAUGGCGUUUGGGGCUGCCAGGGAAGGGCCGGAAGUCGCCAGGCCUUCCUGUUCCAUGUCCGGCCAAUGAGCAUUUGAAGAAAAGAGAAGCGAAAGCGUCUCUGGUGCUAUCGUCCUGGAUACACUCAGGUUCACGUGGUGUUGGCGGGCCAGCACCUGGCGCUUGACUGACUCAUUCAAAACAGUUAUUUUUGUAUUUUCUAUACAUCAGCAUCUAGCAAUCUAAACUAUGUAGCUCCAUUGUUAUUCGUUGUCCUUAUUAUUGACUUGAGAGGCCAGAAGCGGGCAGGUCACUCAAGGAUGUUUACAAGGAGAGUUGAAAGACACCCCCCCCCUCCCAUGCCAGAAACUGGUCAUCAGCUAUAAUCAAACUUACUGAGAAGAUGAUAUUGGAUUUAUACCCCGCCCUAUACUCUGAAUCUCAGAGCAGCCUACACUCUCCUUUACCUUCCUCCCCCACAACAGACCCCCUGUAAUAUUGGAGGGGCUGAGAGAGCUCUCCCAGAAUCUGCCCUUUCAAGUACAGCUCUGCGAGAGCUAUGGCUUGAUCCGGGGCCAUUCCAGCAGCUGGAAGUGGAGGAAUGGGGAGUCAAACCCCCGGUUCUCCCAGUUAAAAGUCCAUGCAUUUAACUGCUACACCAAGCUGGCUCUCCACUACACCAAACUGAGAGGAAUUGGGUUGGCUGCUCUGCUCACCGCAAUUCCUCCCAGCGAAGGAGGGAGGGAGGAGGCUGCUUCUCUGACUUCUUUUUGCUCUCGGACGUCUUGCUUUUUACAACUGGCUGCUCCUUUUCACUGCUGUUCCCCCAUGGCAGGGCCUGUUUUUCUUGCCGCCGCCAUUCAAACCAAAUUUGCCCUCAGCGGCAGGAACCAGGGCUCUUCAUUUUAACCUGCGUUGGAAUUCAAAGAGUGCGAGGAAAGCUCAGAGUUCCCUGUCGUUUCGGGGGUGACAAUGAGCUUGCCCUGCUCUGGGGCCUCAGAUGGCAUCACGGAAUCGUUGUUUAGGGUUGGAGGGCACAACCCCUUUCCCGUGGAAUCCUACUGAAAAUAUUGCUUUAUGGAUCCAUGUCUUGAAGAUGGUUGGUUUUCCAGCAGGAGAGAGAACCCAGUGAGGGGCCAUACAGUGUAUAUUUUGUCUGUCCCAGGGAGAGAGAGACUUUUCUUGAAGCCAGCUGUGCAGGGCUGUGUGCACACACAGCCUCCCAUUCCCUUUCCCUCUUCAGUUUGUCCCAUGCAGUUUCCACAGCAAUUCAUCACAGAGGCAAGCGAGUUAAACAGUAAAACUGUUUCCAAGAAGAUGCUAUAUGGAAGAGGAUGUCUUUGUAAUUCUCAUUCGUUUAAAAAAAAGAAAUUGGUCUUAAGUUAACCUUAAUAAAAAUAAAAGCAGCGCA